ACUUCUCAAUUAAUAUGCAGUGAUCAGCAGACGACAGUGCUCCCUGACGCUGGGAUUUCGCUCAGAACAGAAGCUACCACGCUAUGAGUAAAGGAGAAAACUCUAGGGCUCAUUGGAACUUCAAUAAAGAAAAAGGCCUAGUUGAUAUAUUGAAUGAGCACAAUCAUCAAAGGUUCCGAGGGCAAAAUGGAUGGGCGGCCGAAGGGUGGAAGAGCAUUGUGAAGAGUUUUAAUGAAAAGUUUCCAUCUGAUCGGUUUACAAAGGGCCAAAUACAAGAAAAGGAGAAAGAGCUUAAAGCAAACUACAAGGCAAUCCGUGAUGGAAAAAAGAAAAGUGGUGCAGGAUGGAAUGAAUCUUUGUGCAUGAUUAAUGCUGAGCCAGUAAUAUGGGAAAAGCUUAUCCAUGAUAUUCCAAGGCUGAAGAAAUUCCAAGCAAAAUCAUUCCCUUUGUUUUAUGAACUGGAAAAACUGCAUGAAGGAAGCAUUGCUACAGGUGAUUUAAACUUCACAUCAGCUGAACCAGCACCCCAACCAACUGAACAUGUUAGCACUAUUGAUAUUGAUGCUCAUGAUUCUCACCUUAACCCUUUCCUUGCAAAUGUGGAUGAUCACAUGCCAUCUAGUGGACCCAUAGACAUAGAUGAGAUAGAAACACCAUCUUCAUCUUGCUCUAAAAAUCUUGAAAAUAGGAUUGGGAAGAAAAGAAAGCUCAGUAUUGCUGGAGUUUUACAAAACUAUGUGGACAUUAGGGCAAAUGAAACAAAAAUAUUUAUGAAUGAACUCAAUGAGACAACUAAGGAAGCAGAUGACUAUUCUAUCAAGCGGUGUCUAGAUCUUUUAGAAUCAAUUGAAGAACUUUCAGAUGAGGAAAAGGCACAAGCAACAAAUGUGCUGAAGUGUGAGGUCAACAGAGAAAUUUUCAUGAACUUCAAGAUUCCAAAGGUUCGUUUGUUAUGGGUCAAAGGCGAAAUCUCUCCCAAGGUCUAAUCUACAUUGUAUCGUGGUUGCUGGUGGUGUUUACAAGCUGAUGGCUGCAGAUGGUGCUUCAUUUUUGGCUUCUUUGUAUCUAGUUUUGAGACAUUGUAGUGAAGGUUGACAUGAGAAACUCUUGUAUGAACUUUGGAAUGGUUAUCUCUGGACUGCCUUGUGACAAUUUACCUUUUUAUGUACUUCGGAUUUAUAUGGAAUAUUUUUGUUUGAUGCAUGUACUUCGGAUUUGUAUGAAUAUUUUUAUCCUUGCUAAUAAUUUUAUGUAUUGCCGCAACAA